CUCAAGUCGCACAAAUUAAAGCUUUUUACUGGUGAUCGAAGCGCCACGUUCAGUUAUCAAUUAAAAGCGGGCAUGACCACAAGCAGGUUGUCAGCGCAAUAGCAAUGAAACGCUACAACAAAAAAUACUAAACAAUAGAAUUGCAUUAAGGCAGCGAAAAUAGAGCGAAAUAACGCCGUCAUAAAUACCGACAACGCGCACCAGCCGAAAAAUCACUGCACAGAAACAAGCAGCAACAACAAACCAACCAUUCAAACAAGAACCGUUGAACAUUUUAAUAUUGCGCUGCGCUGGAAAAUGUUUGAUGCACGCACCGAACGAACUUUGACGUUUGCAAGGGCUGCUGGGGCCGUAGGAUGCAGAACCUCAACGCACCAGCUGCUAUUGUUGGUUAGCUUGCUUUUGGCCGGCAACAUGGCCAUGUUUACUUCUAUCAACACGAUUGAAGCUUGUGCUUUACCCAAACAACACAGCAAACGAUACACCGAAAGCCUCGGGGGCGAUGUAACAAGCAACCAAAUAUUGGGCUACAUGCGUGACUGGCGCCUAAUCAGGCGCGCCGAAUGGAAUGCACGCACACCCACCGAAAUCGCCAAUUUCACCGGACCCGCGCCGUUUGUUAUCCUACAUCACUCCUAUCAACCGGGCGUUUGCCAAACGGAAGACGCCUGCAAAGCAGCAAUGCGUUCCAUGCAGAACUACCAUAUGGACCAACAUGGUUGGCCGGACAUUGGCUAUAGCUUUGCAGUUGGCGGUGAUGGCAAUGUGUACGAAGGUCGCGGCUAUGAAGUGGUCGGUGCUCAUGCGCCAAACUACAAUAGCCGCAGUAUUGGUCUACUCUUAAUUGGUAAUUUUAUGGAGGAGCUACCGCCAGCGCCUAUGCAACAAGUUGCGCAGGACUUUAUUGAAUAUUCCAUGGAGGGCGGACAUUUGCCUAAAGAUUAUAUUUUGCAUGGACACCGGCAGGUGCGUGAUACGGAAUGCCCCGGUGAUGCGCUGUAUGCGGCGAUAAAGGAGUGGCCGCACUGGAAGGAGCUUGACUCUCAUUGACUAAUUUGAAGGGCAUUUUUGCCUUUCUAAUGAUAAACAAAAAAAUUGUAUUAUUUUUAUUUGUCCUUUAUGUAAUGUGAAUUUGUAAAAGGUAUUUUUGAAAUAAAGGUUUUUCCAAUAA